AUGGAUUCAAUAUUUGGGGAAUUAAUAACAUCCCUUCGGUUAGUGGACGCAACAAAUCCUGAACUGCACAGCCUUUUAACCGAUUGGACACAACUGGCCUCCAAAAGAGGCUUCAAUGAGAUGAAGUCUCCCGAAAAUCUGUUGUUAACACUUGACUUACAAAUUACAGAAUCAGCGCUUUUGUACGAUUCGGUGAAACUGUUAGCGACGGCACUACAAGACUUGGAUCAAAGCCAAUCGAUAACUAUGCCAUCAAUCAGUUGCCAGAGUGAAAGUCAGUGGCAAUUCGGCAGCUCUCUCAUGAAUUACAUGCGACCGGCGAUCUCAAUUAUUAUUAUUAUCACAUUCCGAGGCCUCACAGGACUGGUAGACUUCGAUCAAUUCGGCCAUAGAAGCAGUUUUACAUUAGAUGUGAUGACCAUUACUGAUAGCGGCCUUCAAAAGUCCAGUUCAAACACGACUGGAGAGCUAUUGUGUGGACAAAGUUGGAGGGCUGAGGGCUACGAGCUAUAA